AUGCAAUUCACCACCCUCGCCUUGGUCGCCGCACUCGCGGGAAGCAUCACAGCCAGCCCCGGAUCGGCAGAGGUACGGAACGAUAUGGCUGCUCGCGCAGCUUACGAGAAUAUGGGCCGUAUGCUAUACGAGCCAGAUCGUCCUAACGCGAGUUACAGCCCGCGACCACCUCAACACCAAGCGGGCCUGCAACUGCGCAGCCAAAGCCACCUGCAAUGA